GUUUUUCUUUGGCACACCGUUUUUGGUUUGGGACGAUGCCGUCUUACAACAUUAAUGGCAUCACCGUUCAGUUCCCGUUUCCGGCCUACGAAUGCCAACUUUCGCUCAUGACGACCCUCGUGUCCGCACUCCAAGGGCAAACGAAUGCGUUAAUCGAAUCCCCAACUGGAACGGGCAAGACGCUGUGCUUGUUGUGUGCGGCGCUGGCGUGGAGGGAAGCAUGGGUCGCUCGAAAGCAAUUAGGUAUUGCUUUGAAAAAUAAUGUGGAUCGUGUCGAGGCUUUGGUGCAGUCUCUGGAUAAAGCUGUAUCGAGUUGUGGGGAUGAAAUGUAUGAGAGGGAUGCACCAACGAUUUAUUACGCUUCCAGGACGCAUUCUCAGCUGUCGCAAGCUGUUCAUGAGCUUCGAAAUACCAGUUAUGCCCCAAAGAUUUGCGUCCUUGGCAGUCGAGAUCAAUCUUGUGUUCACCCCGAUGUCCUGGCCCUCCCCUCCGUAGGCAGGCCAAACGUCUGUAGACAAAAAGUCGCAAAGAAAACUUGCGAGUUUUAUGGGAAUGUUGAGCACGUUAAAGGAGCACUGGAAGAGAAAGGUAUUCUGGAUAUUGAAGAGUUGGGGAAAUUCGGAAGGGAGCAUAGAGCUUGUCCGUACUUUUUGUCCCGCGCGCAUCAAUCAAAGGCAGAUAUCAUCUUCCUCCCAUACAACUACUUGAUUGACGCACAUACACGUAAAGCACAAAACAUUGACAUAAAGAAUGCUAUUCUCAUUUUUGACGAAGGACAUAACCUGGAAAGCAGCUGUGGCGAUGCAACGAGUUUUGAAAUAACUGCACAGGACCUUGCGAAUUGUAUUUCGGAAGCGUCGCAGUGUAUCGAAUUGGCUUCUGCGCCUGGUGCUGCCAAUCGAGAGGCCUCUGCGCAGGAUUUCAUGAUUCUCAAAGAACUUUUACAAAACCUCCAAAAAAAACUCGAAGCCGUCCAAUUGGAUCGCUCGCGGGAUCGGAUCUUGAGCGGCGACUGGAUCCUCUCACUCUUUCGUGACCUCAAUAUUUCAUUUGAGAAUGUCAGUAUGGUGUCUAGAGUUGUGGAGUGUGGAGUUGGGUUGCUGGCUCAAGAAAUGAAUCGCCGUUCCCGCAUGGCGUUGAAUUUGUUUGGCACGGCACUCAAGGUUGUCUUUAAAGAGGGGUUUGGAGCCGAUGAACAGAUAUGGCAAAGCUACAAGGUCUACAUUGAAGAAGAAGCGCGCACGAGGACAGGCCGAAAACUCUCGCUAUGGUGUUUUCAUUCUGGUAUUGCCAUGAAAGACCUUGAACGAGACUGUCGGUCAAUUGUCCUUGCCUCUGGAACACUGAGCCCCUUGGCCUCCUUUGCAACGGAAAUGGGCAUCCCCUUCCCCCACCGUCUCGAAAACCCCCACGUCAUCUCCCCACAUCAAGUCUUUGUUGGAGUCGUUCCAACUGGUCCCGCCGGCUCACACCUGUCCUCGUCGUACGAAAACCGUGAUUCUGUAGCAUACAUAUCUGACCUCGGCAACGCUGUCGUCAACUUUUGUCGAAUUGUCCCCGAUGGAUUUUUGGUUUUCUUUCCUUCCUACGGUGUUAUGGAGAGGUGUUUGGCUGCAUGGAUUAUGGGACAGGGCGGGGCCAAGAGUGUUAUGGACCGUAUCAAGCAGUACAAGACACCCAUUGUCGAGCCGCGGAAUAAACAACAGUUUGGACCGGCCAUGGAAGAAUUUUAUGCAAAAUUAGAAGAUAAGAGUUUAACGGGCGCCGUAUUUUUCGCAGUAUGCCGCGGUAAAGCAUCUGAAGGGCUCGAUUUCAGUGACAACAAGGGCCGCGCUGUGAUGGUGUGUGGGAUUCCAUAUCCAGCGGCGAUGGAUCCAAAGGUAAAAUUGAAAAGACAAUAUUUGGAUGAACUGCAUGGUCGGAAUGGCAAAGGGAAGCAAACCAUAUCCGGAGGUGAUUGGUACAAGCAACAAGCUGCCCGAGCCGUGAACCAAGCCCUUGGCAGAGUCAUCCGUCACAAAAAGGACUUUGGAGCCAUCCUCCUCUGCGACGCCCGUUUUGGAUCUCCAUAUAAUAUCAAGCAACUCCCCAUAUGGAUUCGAUCCCUCGUUAAAGUCUAUAAACACUUUGGGGAGGCCCAAGGUGGACUUGGCAGGUUUUUCAAGCGUAUGGAACAGCAACCUGAUGCUGUUCCAACGGUACCUGCCGUACCAGACUCUGUUCAAGGUCAUGCCGAAAUUUUGGCGCAUGCUGCUUUUCAGCAGUUGAAAACAGGAUUGUCAGAUGGGGAUGGACAAGUAUCAAUUCGGCAGAGACGAAAAAAGAGCGAGUUUGAGUUGUCAAUGGAUGGUCCUGCUACCACCACCACUCCACCCAUUCCAGCUAUCGUCAAUUCGAUAAAAGCAACCAGUUUUCAUCGCACGACGCUUGAUCGGAUCUCGCAAUCUGCACUUGCAAACCCACCCCGCAAAUCCAUCUUGACUAAAGCAACCCUCGCAAACCAACAACCUGCCCACCCCGAGGCGACUCACCCUAUCCUAAAACGCCAGACAUCUCCUCCCCAACCCCCCACCUCCAAAAAACAUAAACAAACCGCAACAACCUACAUUCAAACCCUCAAAAGAACCCUUCCAACGCCGAAAUACCAUACCUUCCAAUCCCUGCUCAAAUCCUACAAAGCCCAAACCAUCUCCGUGUCUGCCCUUGUUGAUGCCCUUGUAGAAUUAUUUGAAAAUAUACAAGGGGGACGGGAGUUGCUUGUUGGGUUUGGUGCGUUUGUGCCCAAAGUGUAUAAAAAAGAGUUUGAGAGGCGGUUAGAAGAGGUGUCAUGAUGUUGGGUUGUUGAUUGGCGCAUUCGGCAUCCCGCCCACGGCCUCGGUUUCCGUUUUUUGUAGACAAGAGUGCGUAGAGAAGGCAAUCGCCAGUAUUUCUGGAUAGAUGGACAUACGAAAAUGUAUAUAUAAUAUUUAUGUUUUGGCAAUGGUAUUUAUUUGUCAUAAUAAUGAUAAAAAAGUCGUUAAUGUUGG